AUGAGUUUGAGUAUAUCAAAGGGUAGUAGUUCUGCUAAUAAAUCUGCCACAUCUGUUCGUUCAACAAGCGUCUCAAGUAGUAAUAAAACUGGUGAUAAAUCAGUGGUUGAUACUGACGAUAUUGAUGAAAAUGAUGAAUCUGGUCAAAAUAUUAUUUUAAAUAUUAUUUCUCAAUUAAAACCAGGUUGUGAUUUAACAAGAAUUACAUUACCAACUUUUAUUCUUGAAAAAAAAUCAAUGUUAGAACGUAUUACAAAUCAAUUACAAUUUCCUGAUGUAUUAUUUGAAGCACAUAAUGAAAAAGAUGAAUUACAAAGAUUUUUAAAAGUUAUAGCAUGGUAUUUAGCAGGAUGGCAUAUUGCUCCAAAAGCUGUGAAAAAACCAUUAAAUCCUGUACUUGGUGAAUAUUUUACAGCUUAUUGGAAUUUACCAAAUAAACAACAAGCAUUUUAUAUUAGUGAACAAACAAGUCAUCAUCCACCAGAAUCUGGUUAUUUUUAUAUGAUUCCAGAAUCACAUAUUAGAGUUGAUGGUGUCACAAUUCCAAAAUCUAAAUUUCUUGGGAAUUCAUCUGCAGCAAUGAUGGUAGGACUUACAGUAUUGACAUUUUUAGAUUUAAAAGAUAAAAAUGGAAAACCAGAAAAAUAUACAUUAUCUCAACCAAAUAUUUAUGCUAGAGGUAUAUUAUUUGGGAAAAUGAGAGUGGAAUUAGGGGAUCAUAUGAUUAUUAAGGGUCCAACGUAUGAAGUUGAUAUUGAAUUUAAGACUAAAGGUUUUAUCUCUGGUACAUAUGAUGCUAUUGAAGGUACAAUCAAGGAUAAAAAUGGUAAAGAAUAUUAUGAAAUCUCAGGUAAAUGGAAUGAUGUUAUGUAUAUUAAGGACUUAAGAACAAAAGGUGCUAAGAAAACGGUAUUAUUUGAUACACAUAAAAAUAAACCAACAAUACCACUUGUACGUCCAUUAGAUGAACAAGGUGAUUAUGAAUCUCGUAAACUUUGGAAAAAAGUCACAGAUGCAUUAGCUGUUAGAAAUCAUGAAGUAGCAACAGAAGAAAAAUUCCAAAUAGAAAAUUAUCAGAGAGAACUUGCUAAGAAGAGAGUAACAGAUGGUGUAGAAUUUUAUCCAAAAUUAUUUAGAAAAGCUGAUCCAGGUGAAGAUCUAGAUUGGUAUAUUUAUAAACAUAUUAGAGAUGAUGCUACUCCUGAAGAACAAAUCAAAGAAAUAUUAGAGAUGGCACCUAUCCUUCCUGGUCAGAAAUUUACAGAGAAAUUUACAAUCCCAGCAUACAAGAAGCAUGAAAUUCAACAAAGAGAAUUGUCACAAAAUAAAUCAUAA